AUCACUAUUAAACCAAAAACUCAAAAACAAAUGAAUUUAGUUGUUGGAGAUGAUGUCACUUCCGAAAAACCAUUUAAACUUAUUGAGAAGUCUGCAUUAUUGGAUCAUAUACAAAAUGUGGAAGAUUCGGAUUUUUUACCAAUUAGAGCACAGAUAGAACAAUACCCGGAAGAAGAAAUUCUUAUGGGGUAUGUAAUAAACGAACAGAACACUGAUGAUGAAUUUUAUUUUUUGAUGUAG